CCUAAAGUCAGAGAGAGGGACUUCCCCAGGACCAGUGAGGAGGGCAGAUUUCAGGGGUCAGGAAGGCACAGUGCUCUGGUCGCAAGGUGACUGCAUGUCAGCACUGGUCUGGCCAGAGUGACCUCCCGGCUCCCUGGGGGUGGUGAUAGCGGACCGAAGGCCAAAGAGCACUUCCCAUUGGAGGCUGAGACACAGGGGGCUCUCAAGCAGUUAGGGUCACUUCUGUUCACUGAGAUGAGGCAGAAGGAGGGAGCUCUGCCAGCUGGGCAAGCCUGGGUGAGGGGCAGAGACCUGGAGGACCGCCCUUGUGGUCCACUGGGAGUUAGGAAGAUCAUUUCUGUUCUGUGACCUCCUGCCUAGGCAGGGGGCAGAGCCAGGCACUCCCUGAUGACCCCUGAGUGGGCUCUAGCCAGCACUAGUGUGACCUUGAUAAUCUCAGUGGAAGCCCAGAAGCCUGUUCCAGCCAAGGCUGGUGGAAGGUCAUUGCCAAAGGCUGGUCACCUGCUAGGCACUGCGGCCCCUCCUCCAUGGCCAGCUGCCACCUGAGGCGUGCUGGGACUGACCCGGGCCGAUCCUCGCCCAGGAAGCAGAUGGGGUGCUGGCCCCCGAGCCAAGGAGGGGGGUGCGCCGCAGCGAGCGUCCGGCGGCCGGUGCCUGGGACCUGGGCCCGCGAGGACCCCGCCCGGCCUCCAGCUCUGCCACCCGGCGCCUCUGCUGACCUGAAAUGGAAAACUUCCAGUACAGCAUCCAGCUGAGUGACCAGGACUGGGCUGAGUUUUCGGCCACGACGGAAGAGUGUGGUCUCCUGCAGGCCGGCCUGGCCUCAGGGGAUGAGCUCUUGUCCAGUGACAUUGACCAAGGGGACAGCAGUGGCAGCAGCCCUCCAGGGCCUCCACCCCUUCUCGAGGGGCGGCCGGCUUCUGGGGGGAGGGGCUGGCCCGGCUUCAAGGAGGAGGACGAGGCAGCUCCCCGGCCGCUGGUCAGCAGGUCUUGGCAUGAGCCUGUCUUGGCCCCGGGGCCCAAUCAGCAGACGCCCAGCACGUCCUCACGGUCAGAAGCUCUGCUGUCCCUCAGAUCUGAUGCCACCCCCCAAAGCCAGAGCUUGUCACUUCGAGGGCCGGUGUCUUCCCGAGGCAAGAUGCAGAGGCUUCUGCAGGGGCCUGCCCCUCAGGGCCCUGCCCCCAGUCCCCCUGGUGAGCCUUCCCAGAACUCUGAGCCUCCUGGCUGCACCCCGGCUCCCCAGAGGCCCCCUGGCAGCCCCGGAGCCCCGGCACGCAGCCCUAGCCGAAAGAAGAGGCGUGCCGCUGGGGCCAAGUGGGGCGGGUGCCUGAGCACCCCCGGCCCGGCUCCCCCCCAGCAGGGUUCCCCGCUGCCUCCUGAGGUCAGGCCCAAGGAGCACCUUGGCCUGGCUGUGUCGGGGGGGCAGGGUCUCCUGGCUGGGGCAGCGGAGCAGACCGCAGGAACUGGGCAGGGACAAUGGGGUCUGGAGUCUGCAGGAACCCCUGCACAGCUGACCCAGCAAGGAGCAGAUCCGGAUCUGCCGACACCUGUCCCUGUGACUGCGGAAGGUGCAGACCUCCUGAGAAUGGCCCCGGGAGCUGAGCUACACACCACGUCCACACCUGCCCGGGCCGCUCGUCCAGAUAUUUCAAUGGCUGAGUCAGAUGUGCCUCUGUCUACACCUGGCUCCAAGCUUCAGCCUGACAUGCCUCUGUCUACACUUGCCUCCAAGUCUAGACUGGACAUGGACCUGCCUGUGCUGGACCCAGUGGUCAAGCAGGAGGUGGAUUCGUCCACACCUGCUCCGCCGCCUCACCUUGUGUCCAAGGCCCAGCCUGACGUGGGCGUGUCAGCAGCUGUUCCCGCUUCCCGGUCCGGGCCUGACGUGGUGAAGGUGGAGGUUGGCCUAGUGGCCACGCCGCAUUUGAGCCCUCUUGGGUCUCCAGGAGGACACCGGGAGAAGCCCAGAGAGGAGCCCUCAGCAGGUGCCCCUGGACAUCACUCAGGGGAGCCCCCACCAGGCCGGGUCCAAACCCCCAGGAAGAAGAAAGUGCGCUUUUCCAUGGCUGUGCCCAGCCCUGAGGGGCCAAGCUCAGGAGAGACCUCAGGACCCCCGUCGCCAGCCACAGCCCGGCCCUCAUCCCCCAGGACAGCCACGGGGGGCCGAGGGGGGCCUGGAGGCUGGGACGCCAUGGCAGUUGGGCCCCGGUCUCCGCAGCCUCGGAUCCUCAAACACCUGCCUCCCCCUUCCCCCUCCGCUUCGGUGGGGCCCAGGCCCGGGAGCAGCUUUGCAGUGACCCUCCCAGAGGCCUACGAAUUCUUCUUCUGUGACACUAUCGAAGAGGAGGAUGAAGGUGCUGAGGAGGCGGCAGAAGCCGACCAGGCCCUGUGUGAAGCACGGUGGCCAGACGUGUGUGAAUUCUUCUUCCAGGACCACGGAGCCCAGAGGCCGGGGCACGGGGGGAGCCACCCUGUGGCCCAGCCCCCACGAGCUGAGGCUGUACGGGCCGCUCCACCUGGAGACCCUGUGCCCAUCUCCAUCCCCGAGGCCUACGAACACUUCCUUGGGGAGGACUCCCCAGGAGGCACGCCUGAGCUGGCCGCCCUGCUCCAGGUGCAGGCCACGGAGCCCCCCAGCUUGGCGCCCUGGGGCGUGGGGCCUGGCACCCCACCAGAGCCCGGCCCAACCACAGCAGAGCAGCUCAGUCUGGCAGUCAGACAAGCAGGGGGGCUCCGAGAUCCUCUCACCUCUUUGACCCUCAGCCAGAACGACAUGUGCCUGGUGUUUGUGGCCUUUGCCACCUGGGCUGUGAGAACAUCAGACCUGCACACCCCAGAUGCCUGGAAAACAGUCUUGCUGGCCAACAUCGGCACCGUCUCUGCCAUCCACUACUCCCGCCGGCAGGUGAGGAAGGGACGCCGCAGCCCCAGCCCCAGCCGCAGCCGCAGCCCCAGCUCUUAGAACCCAGGCUUGGUCCAGGAAGACACAGGACAGAGAAAUGGCCACGGGCACUGAGGACAAGGUGCUGCCCUCAGGUCUUGCCCUUUGACCCCUGUGUUCUACGGCAUCUAGGAAGGAGCCAGUGUUCUUGGUCCUGCUCCCUUGGAUUCCACCGGGGUUCUAACCACUGGCUAAGGCCAAGGCUACGCUUCACACCUGGGAGGAGGGAGAUUCCGGAAGGCUGGGUGGGUAGGUGCUGAGCAAGCAGCUGGUUAGUAAGGUGACCAGAUAAGCUCAUAAAAACAUAGGGUGCCAGUGAAACUUGAAUUUCAGACACGCAGUAUUUGAUGCUUUGCACUGUUAUGUGUGGUUUAUCUGAAAUCCAAUUUAACUGGGUGUCCUGUAUUUUACUGGGUUAUCUAGUCAGCAGGGAGAGGCAGGGUAAGGCAUUGGGAACUUGAAGGUGUUGGAGCAGCAGCCCCAGCUGGAAACCUGGGAAGGGGCAAGAGUGAGGAGACUAGAUGGCCUUUGGGUUGGAGGGGGGUGUCCCAGGGACACUCUGCCCUGUUGACAAGUAGGGUGAGGAAGGGAAAGCCUCUGAGGCCUCUGUGACCCCUAAGCCCCAGGCUGCCUUGGCUCCUGCCGGAGACAGCGAGCAGGUCCCUGCAGGGGCGGGUUGGACGGUGGCUCCAGCAGCCUCUGCAGGGUGGGGGUCUGUAGGGCAGAAGCUGGAGCCCCUCCUCUGGGGAACCUUGGAUGAGGUGCAGAGGCACGAUACGGUGGCGUCGGAUAAAGGGAUCAGACAUUUGGGAUUGUCCUAAGGCUUUGAGGCAUCGGAGAUGGGGCAGGAAGGUGGGUGGGAGGCUGGUGGUGGCAGAGCCGUGGAGCCCACAGGGCUGGGUGCACAGGGUCCCCAGGAUGGGGGACUCCUGACUGCUGAGCGGAAGACGCAUGGACACACAGCACAAAUAAAACCUUCUCUUUCUUUCUUA